AAAGAGGAACAAGAAAGCCUGUAAAAAAGCUUCAGAAGAAACAGAAUACUGGAGAAAAUGAAAAUGCAACUAAGCAAUUGUGUGAUACUGCAACCUGUGCUACCCAAAACAAGUUUGCUAUAAUGAUAUCUCAAACCUCAACUUCAACAGCCCUAACAGCCUCAACCAAUCUAGUUGGUUUAAUUUCAAAUCAUCAAGAGAAAGAAAACCCUGGAUAUGUUGAAAACUAUGAUGGGCUUUUUGAUGAGUUGCCACAAUCAAAAAAAAAUAAUCUAUUUUUGGCUUCUGUUAAUUUGCAAAAAAGACAAUCUUCAGCAUUCGGAAACAAUGAUUUUUCUAACGAGAAUAACAAUUAUUCUGAUAAUGAUCAGCAGCAACAAUUCUCUAAAGAUUUACAAAAACUUAUUACAUUUGACAAACUUACUGAUGAAUUUUGGAAUCAAGCCUAUAAAGAAGUAGCAAAACAACUUAUUCCUAAGAUCUUAUUUUCCUCAACCCAUGAAUAUUGUAUAGAAUUGGAAAAGUAUUUUUCUGAGCAUGCUGAAUACUUUAUAGACAGUAUUUUGAGAAAUGUUUGGACUUCAAUGUUUGAAACUAAGAUUUUGCCUGAA